GUAUGUGCAGCACAAUUGCGAGCAAAGGUUCCUCCCGCUUUCCGCUCUGGAAGCGAGCAACAUUUUUAUGUGGCCGCUCCGGGAAAUGGCCACAACCCUCAGCUGUCGCAAAACAUAGACAAGCUAGGAAAGCCUCCUGCUCGAUAUAACAAACAGCGCGUAGUUUGGUUUCCAGAGGUGCGUUGACCGGUGAAUGCAUAGAGUUAAGAAGGCCAAGCUUUGCCGAACAGAAGAGGGUCUCUGGAAAAGCUGCGUUACAGUGAGGAUGACGGCUGUGGACGGCCUCUCGGACAGCACGGAGGUGGUGGAGAUGGAGGACGUGCCUUCUCAGUUCUUUGUGGAGAAGCACUCGUGGGAAGGCCUCCGCGACAUCAUCCAUUGUAGCAGGAAGUAUUCGGGCAUGAUCGCCAACAAGGCGCCCCACGACUUCCAGUUUGUGCAGAAGAAGGAUGAACACGCUGCCCAUUCCCACCGCUUAUACUACCUCGGAAUGCCUUACGGAAGCAGAGAGAACUCUUUGCUCUACUCGGAAAUCCCAAAGAAGAUCCGCAAAGAGGCUCUCUUAGUCUUGUCGUGGAAACAAAUGCUUGAUCAUUUCCAGGCGACGCCGCACCAAGGGGCCUACUCGCGAGAGGAAGAACUGCUGAGGGAGCGCAAGCGGCUGGGGGCCUUUGGAAUCACCUCUUACGACUACCACGCGCCGACGGGCCUGUUCCUCUUCCAGGCUAGCAACAGCCUGUUUUACUGUCGUGACGGAGGCAACAACGGCUUCAUUCAGUCCGCUCCCGUCAAGCCCGUGGAGAUCAAGACCCGGUGCUCGGGCACCCGCAUGGAUCCAAAGAUCUGCCCGGGAAACCCCGACUUCAUCGCCUUCGUGAACAAUAACGACCUGUGGGUCGCUAAUGUCAAGACCGGAGAGGAGAGGAGACUCACCUACUGCCACAAAGGUGUGGAUAACGUCAAAGAAGACCCCAAGUCAGCGGGCGUAGCAACAUUCGUCAUCCAAGAAGAGUUUGACCGUUUUACCGGCUACUGGUGGAACCCCUCGGCAGAGGAAGACUCGAGCGGGGGGAAAACGGUGUCUCUGCUGUACGAGGAGGUGGAUGAGGCGGAAGUGGAAAUUAUUCACGUGCCAUCUCCAGCACUGGAAGAGCGCAAGGCAGACGCGUACAGAUACCCCCGCACAGGGAGCAAAAAUCCACAGGCCACACUCAAACUAGUCCAGAUCAAGACCGACCACCGAGGAAGAAUCGUGAGCGUGCAAGAUCGAGAGCUGGUGGUCCCCUUCGCCUCCUUAUUUCCGGGGACGGAAUACAUCGCCAGGGUCGGAUGGACGACGGACGGCAAAUACGGCUGGGCGGUUUUGCUGGACCGCAGUCAGAGGAAACUGCAGCUGGUCCUGCUGCCUCCAUCUCUCUUCAUCCCGGUCACGGACGACCCGGCUCAGAGGCGGGCCAGCCUGGAGGGCGUCCCCGUCAACGCGCAGCCGUACGUCAUUUACGAAGAGACCACCCACGUCUGGAUUAACGUCCACGACAUAUUUUAUCAAUUGACUCAAACGUCAGAUGAAGAGUUUAGUUUCAUUUGGAUCAACGAGUCGAAAACGGGUUUCAGUCAUCUGUAUAAAAUCACCUCCCUGUUACAACCCGGCUGCUGCAAGUGGACGGACGAUUACCGGCACACGGAAGGACAAUUUAAAUGUGCAAUCAAGGAGGAAGUUGCUUUGACCAGCGGGGAAUGGGAAGUGCUCGCCAGACAUGGCUCAAAGAUCUGGGUGAAUGAGCUGAGCAAGUUGGUGUAUUUCCAAGGCACCAAAGACACUCCCCUGGAGCAUCACCUCUACGUCGCCAGCUACGACUCGCCGGGAGACGCGGCUCGACUGACCAAGCUGGGCUUUUCUCACAGCUGCUCCGUCAGUCAAAACUUUGACUUUUUCGUCAGCCACUACAGUAACGUGAGUACACCACCCUGCGUUCACGUCUACAAACUGAGCGGCUCGGAAGGCGAUCCGUUGCACGUCGUGCCCGAAGUCUGGGCCAGCAUGAUGGAGUCGCCAGGUUGCCCGGGAGAUUACGACCCGCCCGAGAUUUUCCACUUUCCCGGCAAGUCGGGCUUCCGGCUUUACGGGAUGGUUUACAAGCCUCACGACCUGCGGCCCGGCAGGAAGCAUCCCACCGUCCUCUUUGUGUACGGAGGCCCGCAGGUGCAGUUGGUCAACAACUCCUUCAAGGGCAUGAAGUACCUGCGGCUGAACACGCUGGCCUCCUUGGGCUACGCUGUCGUGGUCAUUGACGGCAGGGGCUCUUGCCAGAGGGGCCUCGAAUUCGAAGGCGCGCUUAAAAACAAAAUGGGUCAAGUGGAGAUCGAAGACCAGGUGGAGGGCCUUCAGUACGUGGCCGACAAGUUCAACUUUGUGGACCUGAGCCGUGUGGCCAUCCACGGGUGGUCCUACGGCGGCUUCCUCUCUCUCAUGGGCCUCAUCCAGCGGCCAAACGUAUUUAAGUUGGCCAUCGCGGGCGCCCCGGUGACCGUGUGGAUGGCGUACGACACGGGCUACACGGAACGCUACAUGGACGUGCCCGAGAACAACCAGCGAGGUUACGAGGAAGGCUCGGUGGCUCUGCACGUGGACAAGCUGCCCAGCGAGCCCAACCGCUUGCUGAUUCUGCACGGGUUCCUGGAUGAAAAUGUGCACUUUUUCCAUACCAAUUUCUUGGUGUCGCAGAUCAUCCGCGCCGGGAAGCCCUAUCAACUUCAGGUGUACCCCAACGAGCGACACAGCAUCCGCUGCCCGGAGUCCGGAGAACACUACGAGAUCAUGCUGUUGCACUUUCUACAACAAUACCUCUGAAAUGAUCCCGGAUGUCGUCCCCCCCCAGCUCGGCGCCUAACUGGCCAGCCGUUGUCCACCUUCCCCCAUCGCAAACUUGGACUCCACUCCCGUCGCCCCUCGUCGCUCUGUUGCCCUUUCGCUUUUUUGUUUUUCCCCCGUGCGUUCACCGAGACGGCGAGCGAAGACAGGGGGGACAUUUGAGAGGCCGCGUGCAGGCGGAGUGGUCGCCCUCGCCCUCGCCUUCCAUCCUUGCCAAUGUUCCCGCGACCCGCUUUCAAAUGGUGUGUUUUAGCCACUCGUGUCAGUCGUAGGAAAAAGGUUACAGUUGACGGAUAUUCAAACGGAAAUCGACAAGACGUAGUUGCACAGGUUACACAGGACAUAAUAUAUGCGUUGGAUCCACUUUAUUGCAGACGAGCUGAACUCUCCGUACCUAAUGUGAGUCGCUGUAUGUGACAAAUGAAGACUUGGAAGAAAGGCUCGUCCCGUGUCCGCUUGUUUUAAGUGUGUUUAAAAUAAAGUAUUUUUAUUAUUAUUUUUAAUGAAAGCUGACAGAGGCCAACUCGUUGCUCUUUUCUGUCCACUUUCAUGACAUUGUUCAAGAUCAUCCGUUUGCCUUCUCCGCGCAUAAUUUAUAUUUGCCAAAGUACCUCUUGGCGAUGAUGAAGCCGGUCGUUGCUUUUUUUUUUUUUUUUUUACUGCAAUA